AUCCCAUAACUCUAUGAGUAUUGUUUCCUUUGUAAGUUAAAAAAAUGAGGAAGCAUAAAGGGGACAAGUGGUGGCUCCACCUAUAUCAUAGUAGCAUUCAGAUCCCAUUAUCAAAAUAAACUUCCUUAGGAUUCAGAUCUCACAACCAGAGAAACCAGAUGCAAUUGCAAGCUGGAAUCAUUAGUCUCUUCCAGAGUUUAAUCAGACAGACAAAACCUAAUUUUUUGCUAAAUUCCAAAGAAAAACCAAUAUACAAUUCCAGACUGGUCCUGUCUCUUCCAUCAGCCUUCUUCCUUUGCAAUCAUUUGUCUUCUUCUUCCUUCUGCAUUUCUUUUCUUUAGUCCCAGUAAAAGUCACACAAAAACUUACAUAUUUGACAAGCUCAAACUCUCACACCUCACUGUGUCUCUGAUUGCAACGCCCAAAGACCUAGCCAAAACCAUUUGCUUUGACAUUUUCCAAUUCUCUCUCUCUCUCUCUCUGAUUUGUUCAAUAAAACUAUCAAUAUAUUAAUAUGGGCAAUGAAAACCAUCAGCAGCAUCAGUUUUACUAUCAGAAAAGCACAUUCCUUCCAAUGCUCUGUUCACGACCUACCAUCAAAGACGUGACCAUGCCACGGUUCAGAGACCCUUCUGCUCCCUCCGCCAACGACCCUUUAUCCCCAAGAAUCAGUUGCAUGGGUCAGGUCAAGAGAAACAACAAAAUAGCUGGCAUCCCUCCCUCUCACAGACUUUCUUUCUCAAACAAAACUAACACAUCCUCCCCAUCUCUCAAAUACUCCAAACUCAGAAGACUCUUCUCGGGGAAAAACUUCAUCGUUACCACCCCCAAAACCACCACUGCCGCCGCCGCCGCCGCCGCCAUCCCAAGCUGCAGAUCAAGGCAACAGCUUUCGGAUAAGCCCAGAAACCAAAAGUUUCUCAAGAGUGAGAACAACAACAAUGUCGUUUGCAUGAUGAGCAUUGAAGACAUGGAUCCUCCUUUGCCUGUGGUGAAAAGAGUUCCCAAGUUGGAGGAAGGAAAAGAAUUGGAUAGUCUCUGGAAAAGGAGAUCGGGUACGGCUAGACCCGCUCUCAAAAGUUUACAGCUUCAACAGAUUCACCAUCCAAGGAUUUGUCAUCAACCUCCGACCGUUUGAUACCUCCGGAACACAAUCAAAUCCACAGAUCCAAUCCUGGAUGAUUACAUUUUUUUAUUUUAUUUUGUUUUUGUUUUCUCAUAUUGUUACGUACAUCAUCGUAUACAAUGUAAAGGGUUUUCUUCUCUCUUCUAAUUUUCCAGGCUUCCCAUUUCCUGUGUUUCUUGCUUGCUUUGUUUCUUGAAGCAUCUCACAUGGCGGUGAUGCAGAGUAUCACCAUGGCCAUGUUUUCUGAUAUAAUACUAAACCGGUCAAAGUCAAAUGGUCAAAUAUUUAAUGCGUUUUAAUUAUUUUGUUGUCUUUGAAAUGGUGUGGGAUUAAAAUU